AUGAUGUCGUCACCGGCAGAUACCGCGCCGUCAUCCUCCUCAGCGGCCUCGGCCGCUCCGAAUCAGCAUCCACAGCCGCCGGCGCAGCAGGCUGAUACGAAGGAGCGGCGGAUGGAGUCGCUCGGGUGGCUGACGGAGUCCACGGUGAUGCCCAAGAAGCACAAGGCCAUCGAGGGCGUCGGCGCGGCAUCCAUACUCGACCUCAAGGCCCAGCUCUACCGCACUCAGGAGGAAGCCCGCAAUUCCACCGCCGCUGACGCCGCCUCCAGCGAGUUCCGCCGCGCCAAGAAACGCUCGGGCCCCGCCGACCCCCUGGGCGCCAAGAACUCAGGUGUAGACCUGACACGCCGAAUGGAUAAGCUGGAGCUGAAAGCUGUGAAAGAUGGUACUGCAUGUUAUUCUGCCCUAGAAAGGAAGGCUGAGCUGUAUGAGAAAUUAUCCAGGGGUGAGCUACCUGAUGAAGAAGACCAGGAGAAAUAUUGCGUUGAUUUCUUCCAGAAAAGUUUUCAUCAAGUCAGCGUGCGCCGGCAGCCAGAGACUGCUACUGCCCCUGAGCAUGUAGAACAAGAAAAUGAGAGUGUCGAUUCUAUGCCAAAUCCCAAGCCAAUGGGCCUUGGACGAACUGGUACAACAGUUGACCAAGAUGAGCACAAACGCUUUGUCAGGGAGGUUCACGACGAAGUAAGUCAAGCAAGGCAGAAGGCUUCAACGAUGAAACACCGGCGACAAGAGCAGGAGUCGGCUCGUAGAGAGAAACUCAGGCAAGCUUUCCUCAAGAAGCGCCUUGACAAGUUGAUGGCUGAAAAGCAAGCAUCUUCAGCGAGUGAUGACCAACCAAAUAGCUAA